AAAAAAACCGGAAAGGUCGAGGGAGAGACAGAAACAACACAAAAUGGGUUGAGAAACUCUUGAAGAGAAAAACAGCAAUAGCAGAAGAAGAAGAAGUGUUACUCUCUCAGCGAAUGGGUGGAAGAUGGAUUAAAACCCUUUCUUCCCUUUUACACAAAAAUCACCGCCACAUACCAACAACAACAGUAACACGUUCUUCUCUUUUACUAUCCAAACCCCCCUUUUUCUUCAACCGUUUUCUCACUGUUGCUGCAAUCCCUUGUCAUAUUGAUUCGGAUCCAAUUCAUUUCGAUCAUUCUCAAAGAUUUGGUGCACCGGAUGAUGAUCCAUCUGUCAAAAUCCCCAUCAAAGCUUUCUUCCUUUCCACCAGUAUAAAUUUGAAAGGAAUUCAGGCUGACAAUCCAAGAAACAUCGUACCUCCAUCUUCCCGCUCAGCAUUAAACUAUGUUGCUCUCCGGUUCUGCAACUUUAAUUUGGAUGCUAAUGGACCUGGAUUUCAUGUGAAAGCAAGCAACUGUCGUUAUAUGGUUGUCUACCAGUAUGGAUCUGCUGUUUUGUUCAACAUUGAGGAUCAUGAAGUCGAAAUGUACCUGCAACUAGUUAAGAGGCAUGCAUCUGGUUUACUUUCAGAGAUGAGAAAAGAUGAUUAUGCAAUAAGGGAGAAGCCACAAUUAGCUGAGGAUAUGCAAGGUGGUCCAGACUACAUAGUUCUGAAAUCUUUAGACACCGAUGGUAUUCGUUUAAUUGGAAGUGUGCUAGGACAAAGCAUAGCUCUGGAUUAUUUUGUCUCUCAGGUUGAUGGUUUAGUUGAAGAGUUUGCAGGCAUAAAUCGCGGAAUGGAGAAAACUGGAACUUUUACUAUGGAUAAGAAGAAGCUGCUUCAGCUUGUUGGGAAGGCUAACUCAAAUUUGGCUGACGUUAUUCUUAAAGUUGGUCUCUUCGAAAGAUCAGAAAUUGCUUGGAGAGAUGCAAAGUACGCUCAAAUAUAUGAGUAUCUCAGGGAGGAGUAUGAAGUCGCACAGCGCUUUGGAAACCUUGAUUUCAAAUUGAAAUUCGUAGAGCACAAUAUUCAUUUUUUACAAGAAGUUCUUCAGAACAGGAAGUCAGAUUUCUUGGAAUGGUGCAUUAUUGGUCUAUUGACGAUCGAAAAUGUCAUAUCCUUAUACGAGAUUCUAAAAGAUUCAAAUGCAGUUUCAUAGUAAAGUAGCAGAUAGGUUGGAGCUAGAUUAAGUUAUUGUAACAGCAGUUCUUCCCAUUUUUGAGCUAAUCAUAAUUUUCCCUUUGUAUUUAUGUUUAAUAAAAUCCACAUAUUCAUUGAAUUGUAUGAAAUUUAUUAGAAAUCUGGAAACUAUAAUAGUUUCUAAGCAUUGUUAUAUAAGUAAUAACCCCCACCCCCCACAAAAUUAGAAAGGAUAUCAGCUAUACUUAUGAAAUUUAUGCUUCCUAUAGUGAUUGUUUUUUUGGUUA